GCUUUCACUUCCUUGUCCGAGAGUCGACGGAUCUCCGGGGCUAAGUCGUCAUGGCGUUACUGGAUCUGUGCGGCGCUCCUCGGGGGCAGCGGCCCGAGUGGGCUGCCGUGGAUGCAGGAAGCGGGCUUCGCUCGGACCCGGGACACUACAGUUUCUCCGUGCAAGCUCCGGAGCUCGCGCUUCCCCGGGGAAUGCAGCCCACUGAAUUCCUAAGGUCCUUUGGUGAUGACCAGGAAAGGAAGGUUCAGAUUGAAAUGGCGCACGGCACAACCACGCUGGCCUUCAAGUUCCAGCAUGGAGUCAUCGUGGCGGUGGACUCCAGGGCCUCCGCAGGAAGUUACAUUGCUACCAUAAGGGUGAACAAGGUGAUCGAGAUUAACCCUUACCUGCUUGGAACCAUGUCUGGUUGUGCAGCCGACUGUCAGUACUGGGAGAGGCUGUUGGCCAAGGAAUGCAGGCUAUACUAUCUGCGGAAUGGGGAACGCAUCUCCGUGUCUGCAGCCUCCAAGCUACUUUCCAACAUGAUGCUGCAGUACCGGGGUAUGGGCCUCUCCAUGGGCAGCAUGAUCUGCGGCUGGGACAAGAAGGGACCGGGACUUUAUUACGUAGAUGACAAUGGGACUCGGCUCUCGGGACAGAUGUUCUCCACAGGCAGCGGGAACACCUAUGCCUACGGGGUGAUGGACAGUGGGUACCGGCAGGAUCUCAGUCCUGAGGAGGCCUACGACCUUGCCCGAAGAGCUAUUGUUUAUGCUACCCACAGAGACAGCUAUUCUGGAGGAGUUGUCAACAUGUACCACAUGAAGAAAGACGGUUGGGUGAAAGUGGAGAGCACUGACGUCAGUGACCUGCUGCACAAGUACCGAGAGGCCACUCUGUGAUCACUGCUGGGCAGACAUCCUCCCGGCCCUGAGGAGCUGGCAGACUCAGGGACCUGGGGCUACUUCAGUCUUAGGAGAAAGACGGGCCCAACCUGGGCUGGAGACAAAGCUCUGAGGCUAUGGAGACAUCUUUGUUUACCCUCUCACUUAGCCAGCCCUCACGGAUACCUUCUAAGUACAAUAAAAGAAAAACAGUUCUACAUGU